AUGAGUCUACGUGGAUCAAUACAUGUAGGUAGUGUUAUCGAUUGGUUCCUGGAUCUCUCCUUGGGUAUGUCCUUAUCUCAACCUGCUAUGGGGCGUGCUGCAUUGUCUGCUAACUUGUGGACUAGACGUGCAAUCUUGUUGUUGUGCUGCAGUGCUGCUACUGGAUCUUGGAUACCUUUGCCGCACAAGCUGCUGCUGGAGCCCAGACAGGUCCAGCCAGGGCGCUGGCCGCUGCCAGAGGCUGUCAGCAACACCAUCUCCUCCUCUCCUUUGGGUCGCCUAUUCACCAGUUCCGGCACUUUCUACCCCAGCGUGGAUGACGUUCAGCAAGUGCGAAAGCUCCUGCAACGGCUGGGACCGGGCCUGCCCACCGAAGUGGUCGACCUGAUUGUCGACGAGGCCGAGUACUGGCCGUCCGUGGAGACGAGUCUCCGCGAUGCUCCCCUUUUCAUUGGGAAGGAUAAUGACCGCGAGUGUUUGCGGACGCCGCCGUUGUGUUAUGAUGUGGAUGGACAGAACGACGGCUCUUACAGAGUCCUUCCCCACCGGGGCAUCCAUCCCUGUCGCAAAAUCGUCUUCUCCAUCUCCUCCCACGACCAGGGCUGGGGCGGGGAGCGCGGUUGUCAGGGUACCUACAAGGGAUCAUACACCUGGUUCGACGCGUAUAUUAUCCCGUCUAGCAACGACGGACAGCAGGGACAACCUGCUCAUAAUCAGCAGAGCGCUACGAACUCUCAAGAGCAAACAAAUCAGGCAUCUCAGGCGUCCUUCCAGCCAGAACGCCCACUUCUGCCCACGCCCAGCAGAUUACAGUCGAAUCUCACUGCUACCAGGACCACCCAGGACUACUGCAUCGUCUGGCACUACAAGGAUCGCAUCGACCCCGAGUCCAGCGAAGCGGAGAGGAUUGAAGACGAACAAGGGCGCGGACGAGCGACGCUAGACGGUCGAGCGGUCCGGGAGAUGCGAGUCGGGGAUGCGGUGUCUUUGUGGGCACGAGCGCGGUUCUGGGGGUGGUCGAAUCACGUCGAGAAGAUGUCUGUCCGAGUCUUUUGGGCUGUUUAA